UUUCCGGGCUCGCGCGCCUGGCACCCUCGGGGUCUCAACCAAGCGACAGCCGCUGCCCACUGCCGUCACCCCUCCUGCCGCCGCUUUCUGGCUCGCCGCCGCCCAACUCCCCCUGCCUCCACAUUGGAUAUUCCUCCAAACAGGAAAUAGCCUGAGUCACAAUAAUACAGAGGAGAGGCGGCCGAGGCCACUCGCACCCGCCCACUCUCAGGGCAGCCUGCAGCCCUUCGGCUCCGGCGAGGCGCCAUCAGCGGCGAGCGCGAGGAGCGCAGGGGACGCCAGCGCAGCCGCAGGCGCCGUGCCGGAGCGCGCCCCAGCGCCGCCCGGACCCCGCCGCCCGCCUCCAGGCCCCAGGCAUGGAAGAACUGAUAUGGGAACAGUACACUGUGACCCUACAGAAGGAUUCCAAAAGAGGAUUUGGAAUUGCUGUGUCUGGAGGCAGGGACAACCCCCAUUUUGAAAAUGGAGAAACAUCAAUUGUCAUUUCUGAUGUGCUCCCAGGUGGACCUGCUGAUGGGCUGCUUCAGGAAAAUGACAGGGUGGUCAUGGUUAAUGGCACCCCCAUGGAGGAUGUGCUCCAUUCAUUUGCUGUUCAGCAGCUGAGAAAAAGUGGAAAGAUUGCUGCCAUUGUGGUCAAGAGGCCCCGGAAGGUCCAGCUGGCCCCACCCCAGGGCAGCCCUCCAGAUGAGGGUGACCGGGCUUUCGACGUGAUGGAUGAGUUUGAUGGCAGAAGUGCCCGCAGUGGGUAUAGUGAGAGGAGCCGGCAUAGUGGCCAUGGGGGCCGCAGCCACAGCUGGGAGGACAGCCCCGAGAGGGGGCGGCCCCAUGACCGGGCUUGGAGCAGGGAGCGGGACCCGGGCCGCGGCCGGAGCCUGGAGCGGGGCCUGGACCACGACGACUAUGGGCGAACCCAUGAGCGCAGCCGUGGCCGGAGCCUAGAGCGGGGCCUGGACCACGACAACUACGGGCGAGCCCAUGAGCGCAGCCGUGGCCGGAGCCUGGAGCAGGGCCUGGACCACGACGACUACAGGCGAGCCCGCGAGCACAGCCACGGUCCCAGCAUUGACCGGGCCUACAGCCCGGAGGUGGAGUAUAGUCGCAGGGCCCAGCCCACCAACCAGUAUGAGGUGUCCCGGAGCCGCAGCCGUGAGCACCUCCAGUCCCGCAGCCCCAGCCCCGAGCUGAGGGGGCGACCAGACCAACCAGACUUGGACAGGCCCAUUGGGGUCCUUCUGAUGAAAAGCAAAGCAAAUGAAGAGUAUGGUCUCCGACUCGGGAGUCAAAUCUUCAUAAAGGAAAUGACCAGAACCGGUCUGGCAACUAAAGAUGGCAACUUGCACGAAGGAGACAUAAUUCUCAAGAUAAAUGGAACUGUAACUGAGAACAUGUCUUUAAUGGAUGCUCGAAAACUAAUAGAGAAGUCAAGAGGAAAACUCCAGCUAGUGGUGUUGAGAGACAGCAGGCAGACACUCAUCAACAUCCCAUCAUUAAAUGACAGCGACUCAGAAGUAGAAGAUAUCUCAGAAAUAGAAUCAAACCGAUCAUUUUCUCCAGAGGAGAGACGGCAGCAAUAUUCCGAUUAUGAUUAUCAUUCCUCAAAUGAGAAGCUGAAGGAAAGGCCAAAUUCAAGAGAGGACACGUCAAGCAGAUGGUCUAGGAUGGGCGCCAUACCCACUCCCUUUAAGCCCACUGGGGAUACCGCAGCGGCAGUUGGCUCAGAGACCAGCAAGGAAUCUGGGUAUCAAGAGAAAUCCCCAGCUCCUCAACCGAGAGCAGCUCCGAGAACUUUUCUUCGUCCUAGUCCUGAAGAUGAAGCCAUCUAUGGCCCCAAUACCAAAAUGGUGAGAUUCAAGAAGGGAGACAGUGUGGGCCUCCGGCUGGCCGGCGGCAAUGACGUUGGGAUAUUUGUGGCUGGCAUUCAAGAGGGUACCUCAGCGGAGCAAGAAGGCCUUCAAGAAGGGGACCAGAUUCUGAAGGUGAACACACAGGAUUUCAGAGGGCUGGUUCGGGAAGAUGCUGUUCUGUACCUGUUAGAAAUCCCCAAAGGUGAAAUGGUGACCAUAUUAGCUCAGAGCCGAGCUGAUGUGUACAGAGACAUACUGGCUUGUGGCAGAGGGGAUUCAUUUUUUAUAAGAAGCCACUUUGAAUGUGAGAAAGAAACUCCGCAGAGCCUGGCCUUCACCAGGGGCGAAGUCUUCCGAGUGGUAGAUACAUUGUACGAUGGCAAGCUGGGCCACUGGUUGGCUGUGAGGAUCGGCAAUGAAUUGGAGAAAGGUUUAAUCCCCAACAAAAGCAGAGCUGAACAAAUGGCCAGUGUUCAGAAUGCCCAGAGAGACAACGCUGGGGACAGGGCAGAUUUCUGGAGAAUGCGUGGCCAGAGAUCUGGCAUGAAGAAGAACUUAAGGAAGAGUCGGGAAGACUUAACUGCCGCCGUGUCAGUUAGCACCAAGUUCCCAGCUUACGAGAGGGUUUUAUUGCGAGAAGCUGGUUUCAAGAGACCUAUAGUCUUAUUUGGUCCCAUAGCAGAUAUAGCACUGGAAAAGUUGGCAAAUGAGUUACCUGACCUGUUCCAAACUGCUAAAACAGAACCAAAAGAUGCAGGAUCUGAGAAAUCCAGUGGAGUGGUACGGUUAAAUACUGUGAGGCAAAUUAUUGAGCAGGAUAAACAUGCGCUGUUGGAUGUGACUCCCAAAGCUGUGGACUUGUUGAAUUAUACUCAGUGGUUCCCAAUUGUGAUUUUUUUCAACCCAGACUCUAGACAAGGUGUCAAAACCAUGAGACAGAGGUUGAAUCCAACGUCUAACAAAAGUUCUCGAAAGCUAUAUGAUCAAGCCAACAAGCUUAAAAAAAGUUGUGCACAUCUUUUUACAGCUACAAUCAAUCUAAAUUCAGCCAAUGAUAGUUGGUUUGGCAACCUGAAGGACACAAUUCAGAUUCAGCAAGGAGAAGCAGUUUGGGUCUCCGAAGGAAAGAUGGAAGGGUUGGAUGAUGACCCCGAAGACCGCAUGUCCUACUUAACUGCCAUGGGCGCAGACUAUCUGAGUUGCGACAGCCGCCUCAUCAGUGACUUUGAAGACACGGAUGGUGAAGGAGGUGCCUACACUGACAAUGAGCUGGAUGAGCCAGCUGAGGAACCGCUGGUAUCUUCCAUCACCCGCUCCUCGGAGCCGGUGCAGCAUGAGGAGAGCAUAAGGAAACCCAGCCCAGAGCCACGAGCUCAGCUGAGGAGGGCUACUAGCAGAGAUCAACUUAGGGACAAUAGCCCACCCCCUGCAUUCAAGCCAGAGCCGCCCAAGGCAAAAACCCAGAAUAGAGAAGAAUCCUUUGAGUUCUCCAGAUCCUAUGAAUACAAGUCAAACCCUUCAGCUGUUGCUGGUAAUGAAAAUCCCGGGGCAUCUGCCAAAGGUUGUCCUCCUCCUGUUGCAGUAAAACCUACCUUUGGACGGUCUAUACUGAAGCCCUCCACUCCUGUCCCUCCCCCAGAGAGUGAGGAGGUGGGAGAGGUGAGUGAGGAGCAAAAUAACAGCCCCAAGUCUGUCCUGGGCAAAGUGAAAAUAUUUGAGAAGAUGGAUCAUAAGGCAAGAUUACAGAGAAUGCAAGAGCUCCAAGAAGCACAGAAUGCAAGGAUUGAAAUUGCUCAGAAGCAUCCUGAUAUCUAUGCUGUACCAAUCAAGACACACAAGCCAGACCCUGGCCCACCCCAGUACUCAAGUUCCAGACCCCCCGAGCCACAGAAAGGUCCUUUGAGACUUUAUCAGGAUCCCAGAGGGAGUUAUGACAGUGAUGCCGAGGAGGAAGAAUACCGCCAGCAGCUGUCAGAACACUCCAAACGCGGUUAUUACGGCCAGCCUUCCCAAUACCGGGACACAGAACUAUAGGAGCCUGAGAACUGACACUUCGUGCCCGCUGCUGCCACCUCAGAGCAGCACUCCUGUGGAGCCACGGGCCGCCUGAGUGAGCUCCUGUUUCCUCAUGGGGAACUUGAGGCAGCCAGUGCAAAUUAAGACCUGAAGGCUGUAUCUGCGGGUCUGAGGAUUUGAUGGCUUUUUGCUCAGAUUAGAGAGAAAACAAACACUACAGUCUGACACUGUUACCUGCUUCAGUGGACCAAAACCUGUAUUAAUUCUGUUUGCAUAUUUUUAACAGUGUAUAUUAAGAAAUAGUAACUAUUUUUUCUCCUUAAUAGCUGUUUUCAAGGACUGUUUGAAUGAGAGAAUGUUUAAAAAGGAAUAAAAAUACUGUUGGGCUCAAACUAAUUUCAAAUAAGUAUUUUGUUACAACUCUAAGUGCCUUUGAUAAGAAGUGAGUGUCUUAAAUUUUCUUCUUAUGAAGCUUUAUGCAAAACCAUAAUGGACUAAAACUUUUUGACUAAAUUUUUAUACCAGUUUAAUAGCUAUAAUUUUCUCUGUACUGUGUCAUCUUUUCAAGGCAUUUGUCAUUAUAAUAUUUUCCAUAAAUUUUGACUGGAUAUGUAAUAGCUAUACCUGGUAGUUCGGCUAACAGUGCUAAAUAGCUUGAAGACCAAGAAAUUGGUAUAGAAAUUUUUUUGUGUUUAAAAUCACAUGCUCCAUAAAAGCAGAUACUUGAGAAAAACACAUUCUAUUUCCAAAAGUGUGUGUAUUGACAAGUCAGUUUUAUAAUUUAAUAAAAAGGAGGACAUUGCAAUCAA